GCAGCAGAGGACGUUCCCGGCGAGGACGCGUUCCCGAGGCCGAAGGCGCCGCUUUCUGCCCAUGCUUCUGUAGAGGUGCUCCGAUGGGAUUAACGUCCGCAUGGAGAUAUGGAAAUGGACCAGGAAUUUACACUAAAAAGAUGGUCAGCUGGGAUUCGGGUUGCCUUAUAUGCCUGGUGGUGGUCACCAUGGCUGGACUUUCCCUGGCUCGACCUUCGUUUAAUUUAGUCGUUGAAGACGCCACGUUGGAACCUGAAGAGCCACCAACCAAAUACCAAAUCUCUCAGCCCGAUGUGUACUCAGCCCUGCCAGGAGAACCGCUCGAGUUGCGCUGUCAGUUGAAAGACGCCGUCAUGAUCAGUUGGACUAAGGACGGGGCCCCUUUGGGCCCUGAUAAUAGGACAGUGAUUAUUGGGGAAUACUUACAGAUUAAGGAUGCUGCACCCAGAGAUUCGGGCCUCUAUGCUUGCACUGCUGUUAGGACCCUAGACAGUGACACUCUGUACUUCAUUGUCAAUAUUACAGAUGCUCUUUCUUCUGGGGAUGAUGAAGAUGACAAUGACGGUUCUGAGGACUUUGUGAAUGACAACAACCAGAUGAGAGCGCCCUAUUGGACUCAUACCGACAAAAUGGAGAAGAGGCUCCACGCGGUGCCAGCAGCCAACACCGUCAAGUUCCGCUGUCCGGCCAUGGGAAACCCAACACCAACCAUGCGAUGGCUGAAAAACGGGAAGGAGUUCAAACAAGAGCAUCGUAUUGGCGGGUAUAAGGUUCGCAACCAGCACUGGAGCCUCAUCAUGGAGAGCGUGGUCCCGUCUGACAAAGGAAAUUAUACCUGUAUCGUGGAAAACCAGUACGGAUCCAUCAAUCACACGUACCACCUUGAUGUUGUUGAGCGGUCUCCGCACAGGCCCAUCCUCCAGGCCGGCCUCCCCGCGAACGCCUCCACGGUGGUCGGUGGGGACGUGGAGUUUGUGUGCAAAGUCUACAGCGAUGCUCAGCCUCACAUCCAGUGGAUAAAACAUGUAGAGAAGAAUGGCAGUAAAUACGGACCAGAUGGGUUGCCCUAUCUUCAGGUUUUAAAGCAUUCGGGGAUAAAUAGUUCCAAUGCUGAAGUGCUGACACUGUACAAUGUGACAGAGGCGGACGCUGGAGAAUAUAUUUGUAAGGUCUCCAAUUAUAUAGGGGAGGCCAACCAGUCUGCCUGGCUCUCUGUUCUGCCGAGUAUACAAGCUCCUGAAAAAGAGAAGGAAUAUCCGGCGUCUCCAGACUACCUGGAAAUAGCAAUUUACUGCAUAGGGGUCUUCCUAAUCGCGUGCAUGGUGCUGGCGGUCAUCCUGUGCCGCAUGAAGAACACCACCAAGAAGCCCGACUUCAGCAGCCAGCCGGCCGUGCACAAGCUCACGAAGCGAAUCCCUCUGCGCAGACAGGUGUCGGCCGACUCGAGCUCCUCCAUGAAUUCCAACACGCCGCUGGUGAGGAUAACGACCCGUCUCUCCUCCACGGCCGAUGCCCCCAUGCUGGCAGGAGUCUCCGAGUAUGAAUUGCCAGAAGACCCAAAAUGGGAGUUUCCACGAGAUAAGCUGACGCUGGGUAAGCCCCUUGGGGAAGGUUGCUUUGGGCAAGUUGUCAUGGCCGAAGCAGUGGGAAUCGACAAAGACAGGCCCAAAGAAGCAGUGACUGUGGCAGUGAAGAUGUUGAAAGAUGAUGCUACAGAAAAAGAUCUAUCCGACCUCGUGUCGGAGAUGGAGAUGAUGAAGAUGAUCGGGAAGCACAAAAAUAUCAUCAAUCUCCUUGGAGCCUGUACCCAGGAUGGUCCGUUGUAUGUGAUAGUAGAAUAUGCUUCCAAAGGAAACCUGCGCGAGUACCUGCGGGCACGUCGCCCACCUGGCAUGGAGUAUUCAUUUGACAUUAACAGGGUACCAGAGGAGCAGAUGACAUUCAAAGACUUAGUGUCUUGCACAUACCAGUUGGCAAGAGGCAUGGAGUACUUGGCUUCACAAAAGUGUAUCCAUCGAGAUUUAGCUGCAAGAAAUGUUUUGGUAACUGAAAACAAUGUGAUGAAAAUCGCAGACUUUGGUUUAGCCAGAGACAUCAACAAUAUAGAUUAUUAUAAAAAGACUACUAAUGGCCGGCUUCCUGUAAAGUGGAUGGCUCCCGAAGCUCUGUUUGACAGAGUUUACACUCACCAAAGUGAUGUAUGGUCCUUUGGUGUAUUAAUGUGGGAGAUCUUCACAUUAGGAGGAUCGCCCUACCCAGGAAUUCCAGUGGAGGAACUUUUUAAGCUGCUUAAAGAAGGGCACCGAAUGGAUAAACCUGCCAACUGCACCAAUGAGCUCUAUAUGAUGAUGAGAGAUUGCUGGCAUGCUGUGCCUUCACAGAGACCAACUUUUAAACAGUUGGUGGAAGACUUGGAUCGAAUUCUUACUCUCACAACUAAUGAGGAGUAUCUAGACCUCAGUGGACCUCUUGAACAGUAUUCACCUAGUUACCCCGAUACGAGGAGUUCAUGUUCUUCAGGUGAUGACUCUGUUUUUUCUCCUGAUCCAAUGCCUUAUGAACCUUGUCUUCCCAAGUACCAACAUAUGAAUGGCGGUGUUAAAACAUGAGAAGAAACCAUUUUUAAUGUAUAGAGGAAUAAAGAAACAGGAACAUCAAGCUACCUACCGUAUACAAAACACAAAAUCUUGUCUCCAGGACCUUAAUGUUUCUGCUUGUACAUAUGAAAUAUGAAAAAAAGAGGAAAAAGAGAAAAGAAAACUUGGAGGAAAACAGUCAGAACCUACAUAAAGGAUUAUAUAAUCUGCAACUUUUAAAUACUCCCAACAAAGAAGAAUGUUUAUGUGUCUAGCUAUCCAUCACUAUCAAUUUUCUGGCUUCAGCAGCAAGAGACUUUGUUUGUACAAUGGACCAGUUGGACUUGAGGCAAACUCUGGGUCUGCCUUUCUUGUUUAUUUUGUAAUAUUUCGAGAAAAUAUAUGUUGGCACACACUUACAGAGCACAAAUGCAGUAUAUAGGUGCUGGAUGUAUGUAAAUAUAUUCAGAAUAUGUAUAAAUAUAUAUAUUAUAUAUUUACAAUGAAUUAUUUUUUGUAUUGAUUUAAAAAUGGAUGUCCCAAUCCACCUAGCAAAUUAGUCUCUUUUUUAACAGCUAUUUGCUAAAUGCUGUUCUUACACAGAAUUCUUAAUUUUCGCCAUCCAAAGGUGGAAAAUACUUUGCUUUCAGGGAAAAUGGUAUAUCGUUAAUUUAUUAACUAAUUGGUAAUGUACAAAGCAAUUAAUCGUUUAUAGGGUUGUUGUGUUUUUGUAAUUUAAAUGGCAUUUCUAUGCAGGCAGCACAGAGAACUAGUAGAUAUAUUGCUCAGACUUUACUAGUUUUCAGAUCUUUAAAGAAAGAAAUAUUUACAGUAUAUAACUAAUUUUGGGGAAUUAAACUUUUGAUUUAUUUGUGUUUAAAAAACCUUGGUGUCAGAUGCUUAUUCUUAAUGAAACUCAAAUCCUUUAACAAGAAAGUCUUUUAUUCUCACUACCUGUCACUUUAAAAAUGUAACUCUUUA